UUAAGUUGGCGGAAAGGUCUACGACUCUAUAAUCUAUAUUUACGGUUUCUUAAGGGUUAGCGAACUCUGAGGCAAGCAACCUUUUGGUUUGAUGAUGGAGAAAAUUUCGAAAUUGCCAUUGCCAAAAGCGUUUCUUAACUUUCUUGAAGCAAAUGGAAUCGACCCUUCAAUUUAUUCGGCCUCUGAUUCAACCCCUCGUUACCUAAGGUUGAAACCUGGGAGUGAAGCUGAACUUGAAGAAAUUGAAGCUGAGAUAAAGUGUAACCUUGAGAAAGUGAAUUGGUUACCUGGUUUUUAUUCUCUUUCACCUGAUAUUCAGAUUGCUAAUUCAAAGGCAUACCAGGAUGGAAAGAUCUAUGGAAUUGAUGCUGCUUCUGGAGCUGCUGUCUCAUCUUUGAAAAUCUCACCAGGGGAUCAUGUUCUUGAUCUGUGUGCUGCUCCCGGUGCUAAACUUUGUAUGAUGUUGGAUCUUCUUGGUGAUUCGGGUUCUGUAACUGGUGUUGAUGUUGCAAGACAUCGUUUAGCUGCUUGUAGAACAAUGUUGCAGAAAUAUUCUUUGGGUGAUCGGUGCCGACUAUUUGUUGCUGAUGGAACAACAUUUUCCCUUGCUCCUGUCAGGCUUGAUUCAGUUUCAAAAUCUUGGGAUUCUGCAGUUGAGGAAAAAGAUGACAAAUUUAGGGAGUGGACUUUCAGGAGACCAUGGAAAGAAAGGAAAAGAGCAGCUAAAGCAAGGGAAGCCAAGUCCUCACAAUUGAUUGCAGUGAGUGAAAAUCCUGAACUUAUUUUCUAUGGACGGCAUUCUGGAGUAGUUGGGCUCUGUACAAAUGAACUAUAUAAAAUUGUGUCUGAUCUUGAAGUGUCAAGCUGUGGUUAUGACAAGGUCCUUGUGGAUGCAGAGUGCACUCAUGAUGGAUCAGUCAGACACAUCCAAAAAUUUGAACAUUGGGGCUGGAGAACUCUUCAACGACGUGUAUUGGAUGCAGAGAGAACAGACAGCUUAACCGUGCUUCAGUUAAAACUUUUAGAGAAUGGUUUUAGAUUGCUGAAAGUUGGGGGCUUGCUUGUUUACAGCACUUGCAGUUUGACAGUUGCUCAGAAUGAAGAUAUAGUAGAGCACUUUCUCAAGGAAAAUGCUUCUGCAGAACUGCAGGAAAUUGAUGAAGCCAAAGGAUGGCCCUGUAAGAGUGGGAGGAUACCAAAUACCUUUCGCUUUGAUGCCUUGACAUCACGAACUAGUGGACUUUUUGUAGCUAAGUUCACAAAACUGGCCGUUUAAUUAAGAGAAUUCUCUUUAUAGCUUCAUUUCAUUCUCUUGGAUCUCAGCUGCUGCCUGUUUUGCUGCUAUUGGUACCGGACACUUCACACAAGAGGGAAAGGGGAGUUCAUGGCGACUAGCGUUUCAAACAGUCAGCUUUUUUCCGAAUAGAGACACCAUUCAUUCACAAACUGUACAUUGGGCAUUUGGGCUUUUUCUACCAACAUAGUAGUUAUUGAACUCAUUACCACCUUACCACAUUUUUUUGUAUAACUGUCAAGGUGUUCUCAUGUUUUAUCUGUGACGUACUCUUUCUUAUCGACUUAAUAUAAUUAGAAUUUUAUUUUCGGAAUGUUUCAUACAAAGAUUGAAUCUUGAUUGA